GUAAUGUUGAUUUGUUUCAUUGCACGUGGGUUCGAUUAGUUUUUUUUUUCAAUUUAUUGUAUUAAACAUCGUCUGUGUACUUCGGUAUCAGAGUGAUUUAUUAAAAAUGGUUAAAAAGAGGAAGCUCGACUCAAAACCACUAGCCUCAAAGUCGCCUUCUGUUGAAGUUAUCGUAGAAGAUGUGACAUCUCACCCCCUGUGUCUUCAUGGCCCUACCUUGCUGUUUUCCUCUGAAAAGGGCCGGUAUUUUGCGUGCGCCUCAUGUAGAAAUAAAAAGGACUGUUCCUUGCAUAUCGACGCAGACGACUGGAAAAAGGAAAAUGUCCGGAAACGGAAUGAAAAGUAUUACAGUCUCAUUCCCAAGAUUGAUAAGGCUGCGGCAUGGAAAAAUUUUAAUGAGGUAAAACUUCAGCAUGCAUCAAACCGAGCGUACUGCAGCACGUGCCAAGAGCUCUACAUCGUUUCGCAAAGUAAAAAGCACCUGAAAGACCACAGAGUCAUUACUCCCUUAACUGACGAGCAGCUAGCUCGACCCUCAUCAUGGUUACCGCCUUUGGAAAAUGACGAUGUUGAAGCACAGUACUUGUUCACGAAGAAAUCUGUUUCUACAGUCUUGGGCAUACUUAGGAAUAACAAUAUUAAAAACAUCCUUUGUGUCGGCACCCCAUCGGUUCACGAGGCAGCUCAACAAAGUACAGAGUUCGAAUCCUUGCUGUUGGACUACGAUAAGAGGCACCAUCAGUUCCAACACCCCAACAAGUUCGUCUGGUACAACAUGUUCAACAAUUUCAUGUUCAAUGGAAAUGAGGAUGAGAAAGUGCUGAAGAAAUUCUUGAAGAGAGCGAAGGACAGUGGCAUAUGUAUAGUAAUGGAUCCACCUUUCGCCGGCCGCGUGGAGCCGCUAGUUCAAACCGUGCAAGAACUCUCAUCCACGUACAGGAGAGUCUGCGAGAAGCCUGAUGAGGAAGCCGUGCCAGUGAUGUGGGCGUUCCCGUACUUUGCUGAGCCAUACAUUAAAAAUAUGAUGCCGGGAAUAAGAAUGCAUGAUUAUCAGGUGGAAUACGAAAACCACAAGAAAUUCCACGGUAAAUCGACAAGCGGUCGCAAAUUCGGUUCACCAGUACGAAUCUUCACCAACCUACCGCUCGAAACCAUAGACUUAUCCAACGAUAGUGAUUACAAGAAAUGUGACAAGUGCAAUUUCUGGGUGUCACUGAGGAACGAGCAUUGCGCUAAAUGCAAGGAGUGUACUAGUAAGAACGGAAUGACGUAUAAGCAUUGUAACGCGUGUAGGAGAUGCGUCAAGCCAACGUUCUUUCAUUGUAAGACUUGUGAGAGAUGUUGUCAGCAGAGAAGUCAUAUUUGUGGCGUCGUUGUUGAGAGUCAGUCAUGCUUCAACUGUCAAGAAAAGGGACAUAAGAGAUCUAACUGCCCACUGCUUCAAACCAGCGGCAGCGCAAAGAAAAAACGUGUACAUGCGUAAUUAGAUAUAUUUGUUACAAAAUAAAUCAAUAUUUUAAAAACUA